CAGAAUCAAUAUCGGGAAAAUGUCACAUUUUCGGCAUAAUGAAGGCGAGGUCGCCAGACAAAGCAGCAAAGACAUGGACGAUGGCCAAAGACCACACCAAAGUGGUAGAUAUCAAGAAAAUUCCAGUCACAUUAUGGAACAUUUGGCCACGUUUACAGUGAACGAAGACGCUGGAAUUGUCACCCCCAUCGAUGGCAUGCGACGUCUAUUACAAAUGGAAAAGAACACUGGAAUUUGGUCACAAAAAAUGAAGUUGUGUUUGGACAAAAACAGUGUGCUAAUUACUGACUUUGAAACGGGGGAACUUAUUGAGCGAUUUCCCUACUAUUUAAUAGAGAGCCCAACGGCAUUCACAUCUGAUGACGUGCUGGAAUUGUACAAUAACGUAUUAGUGUUCAUUGUUUCAGCUGGAGAUGGAGUUCAGUCGGAGAUGCAUAUAUUCCAGUCUCAAAGCAUAUCAGCGGUGCAUUUAGUAGAGGAUAUUAAAUAUCUUCUGAAUAACAGUUCAGCUCGAACAGAGUCACCAACGACAUACUCUAAUCAGGCCAUAAGUCUAAGAAAAAAUGAAGAAGCCGAUUUUUACAAGAAUUCACGGGAGCUAUAUAGCACCAAUGUUGGUGCCAACACCGAAUCUCGAAUGUUUGAAGAUAUUGUAAGUGAAAAAUACGAACGGGAAGUCAAUCUUUUGAAUAGCUGUUUCGAUGACAUUGAGAAAUUUAUUGCCCGACUGCAACACACUGCAGCUGCCGUGCGUGAAAUCGAGAGGAGAAAAUAUAAGAAACGUGAAAUUGGCGACGGGCUGUUAAACUUACACACUCGCCCUCCUACAGAACAAGAAUUUGUUGAUAUUUUGGCCAAAUUCAAAUUGUCGUUCAAUCUUCUCUCAAAACUCAAAUCACACAUCCAUGACCCCAAUGCACCCGAACUGGUUCAUUUUCUAUUCACACCUCUUGCAUUGAUUGUAGAGGCGGCACGCGAUACAUAUUCCGAGUCCCAGCUUGCAUCGAAUGUUGUCGAGCCACUUCUGACUAGUGAUACAAUACAGUUCUUAAUGAAUUGUGUCAGCAGCAAAGAGACCGAGUUGUGGAAGUCUUUAGGUGCAUCGUGGAUAACUCCCGCUGAACAAUGGUGCGAAAGAGAAGAAAUGGGUAACAUUAGAGGCUAUAAUCGACCUUCUCAUAGCAUGGGCAAUGAGUUCCCACUGCCUCGAUCAGACCAAUAUGGACUUGCAGAUGAUCAACAGAUUGAUUAUGGCCAUUUACCUGGGACGUCGGCAUCAUCGCGCCUCAAUAUGCUCUCCGGCUACAAAUACAAACAUAAAAUGUCCGAACAAAGAAACUUUGACCCCUCUAUUGGUGAAGAAAUCGAAGUAAAUCACGUUCAGGAUGGUCUACGAACACAAGACCAAGCACUAGGCGGCAUGCAAAUACAAAAUAUUUCCGGGGAAGACAUCAGUGAUAAUGCCCAUAGUUCAAGCCAGCAUUUGGGGAAAUAUAAGACACGCCAUUCACCUAUGGAAAUGGAUAACCUAAAUGAAAAGUGGCUAAGUCAAUUGCGCAUGAAAGGUGCAAAAGUAGUUGUGGUGUGUUACCCGCGUAUUGCAAACAAUGACAAAGAGUUAAGUGUGGUAAAGGGAGAAUAUUUAGAGAUUAUCGACGAUUCAAGGAAGUGGUGGAAGGUUCGAAAUGUGAACGGAAAUGUCGGUCAUAUACCAAGUACAAUUGUGGCCCCGGUUUAUGUUACGUCUUCGGCUCACAAGAAUUAGGAUGAUGUCAUCGGAAA